CAACAAAUGUAGCAAUACACCCUCUUGAAUCUGCAUCACCAUGGCAACCACCUCCCCCUCUUGCUCUGCUCCAGAUGGCAAAUAGCAGGGGGGGUGACCAGCAGCUCCCAUCAUGCCUUGCACUCGGAAGCAGGAAGAAGCCAGCGAGCAGCAGCUUAAAAGAUGAUGGAUGAACUCAUGCCGGUCCAGGAGGCGGAACGUCGUCCAUGUGGCAUCCGAGCUUGGCCUCCUCUCGUGGUCGCGGAGCGCAGCUGACCACUCAGCCACCAAGGCCCCCCUUAUCGUCAUCUGCCCUGCGCUCUCCCCAUUCGAGACCAUGGAGGAGGCCACCAAGCUGAAAAAAUGCCCCCCACCUCAUCCACCACCGCUGCUGGAGCGGAGGGCUCGUCCUCCUCAGCCCACGGUCACGAUCCUCAAGUCCAAGCUGAAGCAAAGCGUGAGCUGCUCCGUGCCCCGAGUACGCUCCGCCUUGUCCGGCUUCUUCCCUGUGCUGCGCUGGCUGCCCAGGUACAAACUGCGAGAGUACGUGUGGGGGGACGCCAUGUCUGGCUUGAUCGUGGGAAUCAUACUGGUACCGCAAGCCAUCGCCUACUGCCUGCUGGCUGGAGUUGAGCCCAUCUACGGAUUAUACACAUCAUUUUAUGCUAACAUCAUCUACUUCCUCAUGGGGACAUCCAGACAUGUUUCUGUUGGCAUCUUUAGCCUGAUGAGUCUCAUGGUUGGACAGGUGGUCAACAGAGAAGUGUUCCUUGCCGGAUUUGACCCCAACGAGGACUCUUCUGGUCUCCCAGAGUUCAACGGUUCAUUCAGCAUCAACCACACAGCCAGUCAAACUCCGAGUGUGGAGAUAAUGGGUGUGCAGUGUGGGAAGGAGUGUUACGCUAUUAGUAUUGCAGCCGCUCUUACGUUCCUGGCCGGCAUCUACCAGGUGAUGAUGGCCGUGUUUCGGCUGGGCUUUGUCUCUGUGUACCUUUCGGCCCCCAUGCUGGACGGUUUUGCCACAGGAGCCUCGUUUACUAUCCUGACCGUGCAAGCCAAAUACCUCUUGGGUCUGAAGAUCCCUCGCCAUCAGGGCUACGGCACAGUUGUUGUAACCUGGUUCAACAUCUUCGCCAACAUCCACAAGACCAACAUGUGCGACCUCGUCACAAGUGCCAUCUGUAUCACAGUGUUAGUUGCAGGGAAGGAGCUCCAGGAACGGUACAAAGAUCGUUUGAAGAUCCCUUUGCCCACCGAGCUGGUCGUCGUUGGCGGUGCCACGCUGGCCAGUCAUUUUGGGAAUCUCAACCAUCAUUACGGCACCAGUGUUUCAGGUCACAUCCCCACUGGCUUUAUCGCUCCUCAAGUGCCCAGCUUGAGUCUGAUGCCAAGAGUGGCACUGGACGCCGUUCCUCUUGCUGUCAUCAGCUUUGCCUUCACCGUGUCACUGUCGGAGAUGUUUGCCAAGAAAAAUGGCUACACGGUUCGCCCCAACCAAGAGAUGUUCGCCAUUGGCUGCUGUAACGUCAUCCCGUCCUUCUUCCAUUGCUUCACCACCAGUGCGGCUUUGGCAAAAACUAUGGUGAAGGACUCGACGGGCUGUCAGACACAGGUAUCAAGUCUGAUCAGCGCUUUGGUCAUCCUGCUCGUCCUGCUCUUUUUCGCGCCUUUCUUCCACGCUCUCCAGAAGUGCGUCCUCGCCUGCAUCAUCAUCGUCAGCCUCCGCGGGGCACUCAGGAAGUUCAAGGACGUCCCCGCUAAGUGGCGAGCCAGCCGCAACGACGCCGUGGUCUGGCUGGUCACGAUGUCGGCCACGGCUCUGAUAAGCGUCGAGUUGGGCCUCCUGGUUGGCAUCACCUUCUCUAUGAUCUGCAUCAUCUACAAGACCCAGAACCCUAAGGUCUCCCUUCUGGGCCGGGUGAGUGACUCUGAUCUUUAUGAGGAUGCGGAGGAGUACCAAAACCUGGUCCUGCCAACACGAGUGCGAGUCUUCCGCUUCCAAGCUCCUCUGUACUACGCCAACAAGGACACGUUCCUGAAAGCCCUCUACAAAGUUGUCGGGGUGACGCCUUUCUUGGAGCUGACCAGGAGGAAGAAGGCAGAGAAGAAGGCCAAAACGGUGUCCAUGACGCAGGCCCAGGCAAACGGGGAGCGCAACAAUGGAGAUGUCGUCGUGGCACUUGUUCCAAGAGAACUGGACUUCCACGCCAUCAUUUUGGACUGCUCUGCCAUCCCGUUCAUAGACUCCACUGGCAUGGCUGCCUUUAAAGGGCUGCUGAAGGAGUUUGAGGAGAUUGGCGUGCGAGUGGUGCUUGCCUGCUGUAACACUGGGCUCGUUGAUACCUUGGAGAAGGGGGAGUUUUUUGGCAAGGGGGGCAAAGACAUGAGCAAAAUGCUGUUCCACACAGUCCACCACGCCGUCCUGCAGACAAACGUUCGGCAGACGGACAACAGCUUCAAAGACUCUGACCUGUAGAACAAAAGAUGAACAAAAUGGGGUAAAUACAUAUGUAGGCUCGUGGCAGCAUGGUCGGCAGUGGUAACUACAUCUGCCACAGAGUCAAGAGGUCUUGGGUUGGUAUCUCGGCACAAACUGUAGGUGAAAUUCUGAGCCAAUAACUGAGGAUAGUUUUCCAAAAAAAAAUGUCCAAAUAGGUGAAAUUGUAUAUAUGCAGAGGAACACUGUAGUGCCUGUGGGCAGCUUUGAUUUUGCUGUGGGGCAAGAUUUGUACUCAGAGCGCAACCAAAGUUGCCCCUAGAAUUGAACGUCCACCGAGGCUCACAAGUAUUUCUACUCUUUAACCUUUGGACGGUACGCAUCGUGUACGUGUUUUUCAAUUUGAAUAAUUCAAGGUAGGAAAAAAAAAUCCAAAAUCAAAGCAAAACUGUCAGCUCAUCAGUCACUAUUGAUUUUAUUUAAUGAUCGCAUUGUUGCUGCAAGUUCCACAUUUGGGUUGGCACAUUUUUCUAAAACACUUUUUUUUAUCCUUUGAGACCACCGCACUUGUCACUCGCGCUUGGUCCUGCCAAAGUGUGCACAUUCUGACAUAGCUUUUCAUCAAAUUCUUCUGAAACAUGCAGAAAUAUCGCUUAUUCCUCUGACCUUGAUGAAAUCAUGCAACUCAAGUCAAGAAUAUGGAUCAGAAGGUAGAAAAAGAACGACCAAGAUCCAAGCAUUAUUCACUUUCAAGCAAAUGUAAUAUUAUUCCUGUCUUAUUUUGAAGUGCCACUUUUACAGCGGAGCACUUCGUCAACGCACUAUUUGACCCUUUAGGGCCACCACAUUUUACAAUUGUUUUUUUUUUUUUCAUUUUUUUAUUUUGUGGACUGGUACAAAUAAGUUAUGUUUGUUAUAUUAUGUCAACAUCAUCAGAGGCAUAUCAAACCCCAUAAAAGUAAUGUGUUGGAGAUGAAAAUAUAACAAGUAUGAUUACUACCUAUUUAAUGACCACAUCUAUAUAUUUUUUUAUUAUUUUGAAAUUUGGAUUUUAAUCAAAUUAUUUUUCACCUAUGCCACUGCCGCAGAGCCGAAAGGACAUAAUUUAGAUGAGCACCAAAUUCUACACGUUCAUAGAUUACCUAUAAUACGCUAAGUAACAUUCAUACAUUAUU